GUGGUAACAAAAAAAGAGGACGAGAAAGAGAGAAACUAUCAAGUGAAAGAAGAACAGAGUCCAAAGAAGAACAAGAAACUGCUCAGGAAGAGAUCAGCAUCUAAUCAGCAGGUGCAGAACAGGGAGAGCAGUUUACAGAAUGCAGACGAUGAAGAGAAACAGUGYCAGAGCUCAGUGAAAAAGAGGAAGAGGAGGGAGGAGUCAGAGGCGGGCAGAGAGAAGGAUGUUGAGCACUGGGUGAUGAAGAGACAAACACUGAAGGCCCGAAAACACCAGGAAGCCUUAAAGAACAAGAGGACCAUUUUUGUUGGCAACCUGCCCGUCAGCUACACCGAGAAGACCUUACGGAGUCUCUUCAAAAAUGAAGGGCCGAUUGAAUCCAUCCGGUUUCGUUCUGUGGUUAGAGAGGAUCCUUCCAUGUCACGUAAAUUAGCAGCAAUAAAACGCAAAAUUCAUCCCCAGAAACAAAGCAUAAACGCCUAUGUGUUGUUUAAAAAUGAAGACGCAGUUACCAAAGCUCUGGAGAGCAAUGGCUUGGAGGUGGAGAAAGACUUCCACAUCAGGGUGGACAGAGUGACUGAAAGCUCAUCACAUGACAACAAGCGUUCUGUGUUUGUGGGGAAUCUGCCGUUUGAGAUCAAAGAGUCUGUGUUCCGACAGCAUUUUGAAGAGUGUGGAACUGUGGAGGCAGUGCGAUUGGUGCGAGACAAGAACUCUGGACUAGGCAAAGGAUUUGGCUACGUCCUGUUUGAGAGCGCAGACUCAGUGCAGCUGGCACUGGAGCUGGAUGGCUCAAAGCUCCAAGGUCGAUCCAUUCGUGUGAAGAGGUCAGUAAAGAAGGAGAAACAGAAGAAUAAAACUGACAACAGAGGAACCUCAAGAAAACCAAACAAACCCUUCAGGAACAGUCCUGGACAGGAGAAAGGACCUGGUCCAGGAGGGUUGAAGUCCCCAAGAAGGUUCAGGGGAAAGCAGCAGACGUCAGGCAAAAGUCAUGCCUCAUUUAAAGGAGAGAUGGUGGAUCCAAAAAAAAAACCUAAAAAGAAAGGUGUGAAGAAGGCAAAGGCAAAGAAACUGGUUCACCUCUAAGGGAAGACGCUUCUGAUUACUUCAAACAUCAGAUCAUUGUUCCGAGCAGCUGCUUUUAAAAUUUCCAUGUCUGUAAAUGAUGUCUGYAAACUGUAACCCAAACAACAUUAAAAGUGUUCUGUUGCUAAAAUAUA